CCUCCACGGGGCCCAAAUACUGCAGUGUGACCGAAACCAUGAAGAACCCACCCCGGGACGGGGCUGCAUCACUCUGUCCCUUUGUCUUGCGAGAGCCCUGGCUGCCCUGGCACCACACGCUCACCAGGUAUGGCUCUGCUCACCCAUGUCUCCAUGUUAAGGACCCAGCUUGGCAGGGUCCUGGCAGGCUGGAAGGAGCUGAGGGUGCUGCGGGUACCUGGGUCCUGGCAAGAAGGGAACCGGAUGGAUUUUAUUAUCGGGCGCAGAUAAAGGUGGCUCCAGAGCUGGAGAGAAAGGGGGCCUUGGUAGUAGAAUUUGAGGCACCCCUUAUCUCAAGGCCAAGUCUGCCGGCCCAGCAGCAGAGUGUGGUCUUCAAAGAAGACGUCCUUCAGCUCUCCCCGUCUGUGGAACACUCACUGCAGCCGGGGGACAAGGUGCUGGCGCCCUGGGGCCCGGAGCAGCAGCAGUAUGGGCCUGGCACUGUUCUCUUGGGCUUGAAGACAAAACAUCCCCAGAGGGGUAAGGAAGCUGCUCUGAACCAGGAGCCCACCAGAAAGAGCAUGGCUGGCGAUCAGGCCAGAGCAUCAAAGGAGAAAGAAAUCACCAUUUACUUCUGGAAUGGCAAGACAGCUAAUGUGCCCCUAAGCAGGGUCAGGUGGGUGUCCCCCACCGUCUGGAAGAAGGCCGUGCAGAGACUGCAGACGCUCCAUGCCAGGGAGUGCCCCAGUCCUCUCCCCGGGCGCCCGUGCUGUUCCCCGCUGAGACCUGUCACUGGAUGCACCACACACAGGCCUCCUCUGGACACUUCGUUCCUGUGCCCUCCCUGCCGCCCCCAUGCCUGCUGCCAGCUGCCAUGCCAGGGCUGCCUCUGCUGCUGCCCCUUGGUGGGUCCCACAUGGUGGCCUGUAGCUAGCCCCUCAGAGGUCGCAGGCAGAGAACUCCCAGAGUCAGAGGAGAAGCCCACGGCCCCCCAGCCUCUGCCCCUAAAGGGUCCUGAAGAGGAGGCAUUGGCAGCACUCCCUCCCAUGGCCUCUUCCUCCUCCUCCUCCUCUUCUUCCUGUGAAGAAGACAAUUUGGAGAAUGAUCUGGAGAUGGAACUUUUCCCACGACAAAUGGUGAGCAGAGCAGUCAACACUGAGCCCAUCCUUCCAGAGACAUCGCCAAGGCAGAGUGGCGCCCGCCGGCCCGGUUGGAGAUACUGGAGGAGAAAUGGGGCUGAGCCACGUCCUGGAAAGCCAGGAACAAGAUGCUUCCACAUCCAGGAAAAGGAAAAGGACAGAGAACAGGACAGAGUACAGAGGGCACCUGCAGGGACAACCCAGGAGCCAGCCCAGAAAGCAACCAAGAAGCCACAACAGACGCUGCAGGGAGCUCAUCACAGAACCCCAAGUUGGGGCAUCGCCACACAUCAGAGGAGCAGGAAUUCUUCUUAAAUUAAAAGCCCCAAAGGUCUACUAGGUAAAGCAAAAUGUCUGGGAAGGGGUUUCUGAGAGACUCCUUAAGAGGCUCUUUCUGGGGUCACAUUUCCAUUGAGAAUGGU